AACACUGUGAUAUACGCGAGCCAACAACAGAUGUGAAUGACCUAUGAGCCGAUGGUAGAGAGUGGUACAUACUAGCAAAAUGUCUGCACUACCUGUUCGUAGCUUUAUGGAUGGCGCCAACACGAAGUGGCGUCAUGGAUACCAACCGAACUAUGAUGUCGUUAAUGAGAAAUUUAUGGCAGAAAAAACAAUGAAUCAUAAAGAUGGAUCUUUAGAACAAGUUGUUGAAAAUUUGGUGAAAACUUGGGAAAUGGAAAGUUCGCAUAAGAUGGAUGCCGCGGAUUGGAAAAGCGUAGACAAAGAAGUUUUCACCAUCUCUUUAAACGGAGGAAAGAAGUUUAACCUAGAUGACAACAUUAGUAUUGGCAACUACAACAUGUUAAUGUGUGAAAGUCCUCUGUACAGUGCCGUGAAAGAGACCAACCAAUCAUCACAUGACUUGUUCCGGAACGUGUUUAAGACUGGAUUUGCCUGGGAAGUGCUGCAAGUGUUCUCUGGACCGCCUUUGGUCUCGUUUACAUGGAGACACUGGGGAACGUUUGAAGGUGACUAUAAAGGUACUAAAGCUACAGGGGAGACAAUCGAGAUGUACGGCAACUGUGUGGUCAAGGUCAACGACGAAAUGAAAAUCCAGUCUAUUGAUGUAUAUUAUGAUCCAAACCCUUUCUUGAUGAAACUGACCAACUGGAAAUCUGGAGCUGACUGUCCAAUGGCUAAAUAAAGGAUAGAUGGACAGUUACAUUGUUUUUACGCUUUCUGUUAUGCUAUCACAUAUGGCAUUGCAAACCUAUAAUUACAACCCUUGCAUUUAUAUGCUAACAACACGAAACCGAAGAGGCAAAAUUUGUGCAAAUUUUUCUAUCAGUCUGUAAACAAAUGUUAUGUAAAGCAGAAAAUAGUACCACGAUGUCGUCGUUGAUAUCUAGGUUAGUAAGAUCAAUAGGUAAAUAUAGUCAUUUAUGUUGGCAUUUUUUUUUAUUGAAUAUAAUAAAACCAUUUGAAAUAUAAGCUCGCUUUGAAUCCAUAUUUGUAUAUGCUUAUAUGUGCAGUAUCGGGGCUACUCUUUGGUCCGUCACAAAAAGUAAAAAAAAACUUUACAAACAACGAAGCAAGCAAGUCCAAACUUUUGUCCAACUGUGGUUGCAAAACAUUUGCCUUUUACAUUCUACUAUAUAUAUAGAUUUGGGUUGAGGAUUUCCUUUAAAUAAUUCUACAGAGGCUCUUUAGAAGCAGACGGUUUUAAAUAACUCAGUGUAAGCCAAUGUUUAUUGCAGUGUGGAUAUGAUUUAUAUUGUACCCUUAUAUUUUGUAGUCAAAAGAAGGACAUAUAUGUCUAUUAAACAAUACAUGUACAAACUAUAUUCUUGUUGUCAAAAUAAACUACUGUUUUCUUAUUUAUUACAGGAUCGUUUUUGUUGACUUACAUAUAAAAAGGCAAGAAGAUCUAAGUAGAAAUUAUAAGGACGCCAAAAAUGGCAUGUAUGACUGAAGCUGCGUGCGCUAAACAAUACCUCUUGACUAAUAAACAUUUUAAUUUAUUAAACAAGCUUACCAGGUGUUAGAGACAUCGAUUUUUUUUGGAUGUAAUACCAAUUUGGUCCCGAACCCGAUAUUAAUAGGAUUUUAUAUUUUUUUAUAUUAGCAACCACAGUACAAAGACUUAGGAAUCAAAUUUAAAGUUUAAAAAUGUCAAUUAAAAGAAAUAAAUUAUCACUCUAAAGGACUAAACAAAAUAUAUAAAAACUAAAAAAAAAAAGCUGAAAGUAAUGACUGAUUUAAAAAAGGACACAACUAAAUUAAUAAUUAAAACAA